UGUGUAUAUAUAUAUAUAUAAACUUUUCUUAAAUCAAACUUCAUUAUCAUAAAGGUUAGUUGUCAACAUAUGCAUGAUGUAUGGCUGAAAUGUUUUGUGCACUGUUUAUUUUUUACAGUAAGUAGAUUUUAAAAAGAUGUCAAGAGAAGAAAAAACGUUAGAGUUAAAAAAAUGCAUUUUAUCAAAAUUAUGGUAUACAUCUCUUAUUAUUUACCAAAGAAAUGAUGAUAAAUCUAUUUUUUCACAAUACAGCAAUAAUGCUGUAGAUUUUGUUGAAUCAGACACUCUAAUCACAGAUUUAAUUCAUUCUCAGACUGAAAAUCAGCACCAAUGGAUAACUUAUACAUUGUUACAUAAACUUUUUAAUAAUAUGUAUAAGAAAACAACAAAACAUGUAGAAAAACAACAAAAUUAUAUUCAAAUGAUAUAUGCUUUGCGAUUAUAUAAAAAUGUAACAAUACAUUUACAACAGGAAUUAUUAACGAUUUAUAAAAAUACCUUACAACAAAUAAAUUCAGAAGGUUUUGAAGAAAUACAGAAUAAAUAUUUUAUACUUUUGAAACAAAACGUUUAUAAUAAUCCAUUUGUUACAUGUUGGAUUCUUAAUGAAUUAUUGUUAACUUAUUCUGAAACAUCAGCUAAUAUUAUUUGUACUUUACAAGAUUUUUAUUUUUUACUGCUAAAAGAAUUAAUGGAAUUUGAAUUAUCUAAACAGAGAUUGAUCAGUGACAAUUAUUUUGGAUGUAUAUUAUGUAUUAUAUCAAAAAUGAAUAUUAUUAAGUUUAAUGAUUCUACAUUGCCAGAAUGGUUUUUCCCUAUGAUAUUGAAGACAAAAGAUAUUCAAGAUAUUGAAUUUGCGUUGUAUUCAAGGACAAAUCAUCAAUUUUUUAAAAAAUGGUGUACUUUUCUUAGUGAGUUUUAUGUACAUUCCAAAUUUAAUAACAAUUUGAAUUAUAUAUUAAGAAUUCGGAAAAUAUUAUUCCAUUUCUCUUCUACGUCUGCCACUACUUUAAAUAAAAAUAAUCUUAUACAAAGAAUAAAUAAUACCAAAUUACAUUGGAUCACAGAUAUUUUGGACAUGUGUUACAUUUUAAUGAUAAAUGAACUAUAUGAUGAUGUAUCAUUAAUAUUAUCUUGUACAUUAUUAAAACAAUUUUGGCCAGCUUUAUUAUUUAAAGUUUUGUAUGAAUAUUCACAAGAAGAAAUAUUUUUAAAUGAUACAGAAAAAGAUUUUGAUUUCAUAUGUAAUUCAGUCAAAUUUUUAAUACCUAAAUGUAAUUUUGAUGUAUUAUGUGAUCCUGCAUUGAAUGAAUUACAAAAUAUACUAUGGAAAAAUGUGAAAAUUUUAAAAUACAUCUUAAGUUUUAUAAGAGAUGUUAAAACAGAUGAUUUAAAUCAAAUUCAAGUUUAUGAGACACCAAAGAUAACUAACGUUGAACAAAAAAUUUCUACAAAGCGGAUAUUCGAUCUUUUACAACAUUUUGAUACUCUUUUAGUUCUAAAAAUGACGACAAACAUAUGUGAACAAAAUUGUGAAAAAAUAAGAAAUUUAUUAAAAGAUAUUUGCGAACCAGAAAAUGUUUUCAUAGCAUAUUAUAGUGUUAUAAGUGCUUUAAAGGCAAUUUUGUUGUGCAAUAAUUAUGACACAAGGCAAUCUAUUAUAUCAAAAUACUUUUCUGAUAUGGAUCAUUACAUAAAGAUAUUAUUUCCACUUACUCUACGUAUGCAAAUAAUAAAAGAUAUAUUUUGUUUACUUUUUUUACGAUAUGAAGACUUCGAUCAUAAUUCAAAAAAUUAUGAUACACAUGAACAACUAAAAUUUGAAAAUAAAUGGAUGAAGCAACAGUUAGGAGGUUUUAUUUGUAAUAAAUAUGCUGUGAGAGACAUAUUAUUUCACUUGGUAGAUAUUAUGUUAGCAACAGAAAUUGCAGUCAGAGAAAUGAAAAAUAAAAAUGAAUGUACAGAAGAGAUGGAACAAAUUCAAAAAGAUAUUGCUUCUAUCAAUUCAGCAAUAUUAGAUGCUAGAUGGAGACUUGAACUUUAUACAACUUUGGAAUUUAUUAAAAAUAUUGAUAUGAAAGAUGAAAAUAAAAAUUACUCAUCCAAGUUUAAAACUAAACAUUUAUUAGAUGGAAAGUUAAUUUCUAAUCGUCCUACAGAAAACAUAUUUUUUUAUCAGGAUGGUAAUGUUUUGAAUGAAACAAAAACAAGAUCUAAUAGUAGUUCUGAAUCAGAACUAGUACAUAAUACUAAAUGGCGAAAACGUACAAAAAAUGUAUCAUUAACAACAGAUGAUAAAAUAACUAAAGAUGUUACUCAUAAACCAUUGUUUGUAAAUUUUAUGCUAGCAACAAAAGAAAGCUUAAUUAUUAGAUGUUUAUGGAAAAAUGAUUAUGCAAAAGCACAAGAUAUCAUAGAGAUAUACAAUAUGAAGAAUACUCAGCUAAAUGGGGAAGUGCAAUUUUCCAAAGCAUUACACGCAUUUAGAGAAAAUGUAUAUCAACAAGCCGACACAUUGAAAAAUGAAAAUCAAUCUCCAGAAAACUUGCAAUCUUCUACAUUAGAGAAUAUAAGGCUAGUUACACAAGAGAGUAUAAAUUCCUCUAGACAAACUAGUCAAUUUGAAACUUUUUUGGUAUCUCAAGAAAUAAAUUUGCGAAUACUUUCUACAGAAAUUCUUAACGAUAACGAAAUAUUAACAAUGAGUGCAUUAGAUUUGGCUAUAACCAUGAGUCAAAUUUACCCAAUUUCACAGAAUCUUUGUGAAAUUGCAAUGAAAUAUCUAAAGUUAUGUAAAACAUUUGACAAUACUGAAUAUGUAUAUUUCUUUCAUAAAUUUUGUCAAUUGUUAUAUGAAAAGAAAGAUAUGGUUUCUAUAGAGGAUAUACUCUAUGAUGCAAAAAUUGCUUUAUGCAUAAAAGAAUGUAAAGAAAAGGAUAUCUUUUGGACUGAUAUUAUGAUUAAUCAUCAUGAAUUUAAAGAAUCACAGGCAAAUAAAGAUACAAUCAAUAGAAUAUUAAAAGAUAGUAAUUAUUUAUCUGGUUUUAAAAUACUUAGCAAAAUAAUAACAGUUGCUUAUGGAUCUAAAAAAUAUAUGCAAAAUAUGUGUUCUCACUUACAACUUUUACACUCAAUUAUUCCAACUGAGCAUACGAUAUUUACAAUUUCUGAUUUAUUAAAAAUUCCAUUACAUUAUUAUUUUGGUUAUCAAAUAUUUGAACUUAAAGUUGAACCACAAAAGCUUGAAGCAAUUGCGCAUGAUUUGCAAAUUAAUUUAUCAUAUAGUAUUCUUACCAAUGCUUGUCCUAAAUUUUUGUAUGAAGAGGAUACAAAUAUUGUCACUAAUAAAGAAAAUGGAUGCAUUGUUUUGAACAAAGCUUUGAAUAAAGCGGAUUUAAGUUACAAACUUCAAGGGCCAAAUCAAUGUGUUUCAGAGAUAUUAUCAGAAAUUUUGCAAAUUUUGCACGACUUAAACUUGAAUCAGUCUCGUUUAAAUCCUGAUGUUUGUAAAACUAUUUCAAACUAUUCUGAAAUUCAAUCUGUAUUAAGAAAAACAUCACGUCUUGCAAGCUUAGAUUUGAGUGAGUUAUCUAUGGGUGAUGAAACAUUAAUAUUUCUUUUGAAUACAUGGAAUUUGAUGUUUCUGCACACCACUUUAACUGUUUGGGGAAAUCAUCCACCUUUUAACAGUUUACAACAUGCCAUUUCUUUAAUGUCAAUUGGUUAUUUAAUUGGUGAUUUGGGUCUAGUAACACUUGCUGCACUUAGAUCAAAAUUGUUAAAUAAUAUAAUGUUAGAUAAUAAAUUCUUUAUACAAGUUGAAGAACUUAAUGAACCAGCAUGGCAAGAUUUGGACAUUAUUCAUGAUCCAAGAGUAAUUUUCGUAAUGGCUAAUGAAUUUUUAGGGACACCACGUAUACAAGUUUGUAACACAAAAUCAUUAGAUGAAGAUUUAACAAAUGCUUUCCAUGAAUAUCUAAAUUAUUACUCUUGUGAAGAAUCGACUCAAAGUACAGAAAUACAAAAGAUAAUAUUACUCCCAAAAAUUGUAGAACAAUAUCAAAUUUCUAUUUCGCAGAGUUCGAAAAAUAAUUCAAGUAGCAACAGUGGAACUCUAUUUUCAAUAAAUGAUUAUUUUAAAUCCUUUAAUGAAGAUGUGACUAUAGAGUAUAUGCCACUUUCUUACUCGUAUAAUGUAAUAUUAAAAUAUUCAAAUUAUUCCAAUACAUUAAUACAUUAUUCCAAUAAACAAAUUAAUCAAUGUAAGAUUAGUUGGAAAAAUUAUAGUAUAAGAUCAAAUUUAUUACAAUACCUAGAAAGUCAAUGUUGGGUUGUUUCUUAUCUUUUGCAAAGGAUAAAUAAUGAAAAUCCUACUAUUUUAAAAAACAGCUGUGAUAACUUGAAAUGUACUGCAUGCCUUGAAAAUCUUUUAACAUCAAAGGAAGCAAAGGAACUGAAAUUAUUAUUUGAUAAUAAUCAGACUCUGGCAGUCAUUUUCGAGGCGAUAUCGACACAAAAACUAUGGUCUCAUUUUGAGUUUAUGUUAAAAGGAGAUGAAUGGGACUCUUGUUUGAGACUUGUAAAUGCUUUACCAGCUCAUAUUACAUUAAAUAGUGAGUUGCAAUGUUUCAGAGAUAAAGUUCUCAGCCACAUCAUUUCAAAACAGAAUACUGCAUUUAAUACACAAAUAUUGGAAUAUUUAUAUCAAAUCAAAGAUGUAUAUAUAUUAAGUCAGACGGUAUUGUACAAUGUUAAUAAGUGGCAUAUAAAUAUUUGUGAAAAUGCAUUACUUUAUACAGUACAUCACGUAGAUAAUUACAAAUUACCCAUACACUGUAAAUCACAAUUGAACGAAAUCUUACACAGAGUGUUAAUUUUCCAUAAAAUGCUCCCAUAUUGUAUAAUUAAAUCCAAUGAAACUUGGUAUGAUAUUGCUUAUUGUACAGAAAAAGUUAACCCAUUGCAAAUUAUCAAAUCACUGAUCAAUGCAGAUAAAUUUGAAUUCUGUUUAGAAUGGAUGGAAUGUCAAGCAUUUUCUUUAGAAAUACAUCCGUCUGUAACACAAGAUUUCUUAAUUGGUCUUUUAAGAAGUGAAUCUCAAAAUUUUAAACAAACUUUAAAGUUUUUUCAGGCUUUACCUUUAGAUCAGUCAGUUAAACUCAGCAAAACGGUUUUAAAGAAAUUAGAGUCUAUUGACUCAUUGAGAUUUAUUUGCACUUAUUUAUUACAGUAUUGUAAAGCAACAGAAACUAUAAAAUAUAGACAAACUUUACUAGGAAUUGACAUUUUAAGUAUGCUAAGUAUCCAAGAGAGACCAUUAUAUAUUCAUCUUAUUAAAGAGCCAUUAUUAAUGUUGGAACAGUUGCUAAUGAAUUGCAAAUUUGAAAAUAUUCAAAGGAUAUUAAAUAGAAUUCAAGAGAAAUUAGAUCAAACGAAUAUGUCAAGAAGUAACUUUGACAAAAUUAUAAGAUUCUAUGCCCAAAAGUCAUUGGACUGUCGCGUAUCUUUACAAUGUGAAUCUAUUGAAAAUAAGUCAAAAAAUGUGCAAAAUUCUGCUUCAGAAGUAGAAAAUGCUGAGUUUAUUAUGCCUAUAGUAGUUCCUACCAAAGAACAAUGGAUACCUAAUGAUAAGGCCAGGGAAUGUAGUUGUUGCAAAAACGUCAUAUUUUCGAUGUUUAAUAGACGACAUCAUUGUCGUAGAUGUGGUCGUGUUAUUUGUGCAACAUGUUCUCAGCAUCGCAUGCAAGUAUCUGGUUAUCCACCCUCUGUACUUGUUCGCGUAUGCAACGACUGUAAACAACAGACUGCAUUACAAAUGCAUACUUUUCAAGGAGCACAGUCCACUUCAAGUAGUGAAAUAUUUGAUUAUUGGCGAUUGACAAGAGACCAGAAACAUAAUGAAACUAUCAGAGAAGAAUUUUCAUUUGAAUAUGCUCCAAAUAUUUCUUUAUGUUUAGCUAUUUUAAAUUUACAUUCCGAACAUCAAACAUACAUCAGUUUUCUGUUGGAUUGUUGUGACGAAAUGAAACGUCUUUUACAACCAGUUAGUGGUGGAAAAGUAAAUCCUGAAGUUGACCACAUGGUUAUUAUUAAAAUGAUACGUUCUUUACUAGUAGCUGCGAAAGUUAAAUGCGCCAAGCUUGGUCUCAAUACCGGAUUAGUUCAUUGCGAUCGUUUCCUAUCGCAAGUGGAUCUUAUUGCAAGUCUUGUUCAAUUUGAUUGCUUACAUUUAAUACCGUCUGAUAAUCUACAUGAUCGUACUUUAAGAAAAUUGAGAGAUCUUUUAAUUGAAAAAGAACAAUGGACACUUGCUUUAGAUAUAAGUACCAAAGCAGGUCUGGAUACACACGGAGUUUGGGCAAGUUGGGGUAAAGCAUGUUUAAAAAUGGGAUAUUUUGAUCAAGCACGAGAAAAAUUUUUUCAUUGCCUUGAUAAAAUACAGUCCGAAAAUUUUGACGAUUGGGUAAUUCUGUCAUAUCCAAAGGAAUCGGAAAUUCCAAGCGAAAGUGAAACUCAAAAGUUAAUAAACGAAAGUGAUAAGAACAAAGAAAUUAAAAUGGACGAAUUGAAUUCAAAGAGGGCAGAAUUUUCAAAAUAUCGCCCAUUAAAAGACCCACCAUUACUUAUAGAUAUCUUACAAAUAUUGGACAAUUUGAGCAUAUACGCACAGAUUCCUCAUCAGUAUAAGUUCAAUACCUCGCAAGAAAUGUUAAAUUUUGAAAGUUUUAAAAUUUCCAGUCAAAGACAGCUUAGUGGUAAAAAUACAUCUGCAACGGCACGAAAUAUUUACUAUCAUGAAAGUAUUUAUUAUUUAUCAACUUAUGGAAGUUAUAACUCAAUUUUGGAAUUUUUCUUAAAACAUGAGGAAUUUGAUAAAUGUCUUACCUUUACUUUGGAAAAUAAUUUAGAACCCGACUUAUUUUUCAAUUCAAUUUAUUUAUAUUGUUUAAAAAAUGGAAGCAUUGACAGACUUCAUGAAGCAAUGAUAAAUAAGGAUUCAAACUUACUAAUUUGGAAAAAAUACCUAAUAUAUAUUUGUCACAAUUUAGAAAAAAGGCAAUAUUUGAAUAUUUUAUAUCAUUUGCAACUUUUUAUGAAAGAUUUUAUACGCGCUGCAAUGACUUGUAUCCGUUUUUAUCUUAAUAACGUAAGUAACUAUUCAGAUUUAAAUGCAAAAGUGACUUUCUUACUCGACGCCCAAAAGCAUUUGGAAUCUGAAUUGCAAAUUGAGACUUUAAAUCAUAAAAAAAAACGAAGAGGUUCUGUGCAUAGUAAUCAAGGAAUUCUAAUCAUGGAAAUGGAACCAUCAGAGAUAGAUAAACACAUAAAUACAAUUUCUCGACAAAUGGAAAUCACAAAGUUUCUGACAAACUGUGAAAAGGAGGGAAGAGCUCCCAUUCAAUUUUUAAACCUGUUCCCAAAAAAGGACUUUAAUAGUUCAUCUAAUUUAGAAAUACCAACUUUAUUUGGUGAUCAACAACAGAAAAUCAACUUAGCUGUUUUAGCCAUUCUGUGCGGACAAAACAUUGAAGAAGGAUUUGGCAUAGCAUUCAGAAUAAUGCAAGAUUAUAAUUUAUCACAGCAAAAAGUGUAUUCUUUAACUGGUCACAUUUUGGCAGAGAAAAACAAUAUUUCUGCAAUAGAACAAUUAAUCAAAUGUUGUCAUACAUCUGGAAUUGCAAAUUCAUACAUUAUUUCAGAUCAUGUAUUAACUCAUUGUGUAAAGUUGUUGUUAACUCAUUUACAUGAUGGAACUAACUCACUUUUAAAGAAUGAUAUUUACAAUCUUAUUAAAUUAAUAACCAAUAUUGAUCUUAAAAUAAACGCGUAUAUCGAAUGCAAGCAAUUAAAAGCAGCAUAUCUAUUAGCCGUCAAAUAUUCAAGGGCACAAGAUAUAAGAAAAAUCUUGAAAGAAUCUGAUAGACUUGGUCAAAAUGCUAUUAAAGCAAUAUGUAUAAAAUGGCUCCAACAAGAGCCAAAAUUAUAAUUUUAGGGUAGCAAGACUAAGUAAAAGUGCAAUAUUUCUCUUUUUCUUUUUUUUUUUUU